ACUAGUGAUUUAUCAAUUUAUACGCAAGUAGGAUUCAUCAUAUCCUCUGCCAUCUAAACCCUAAUCGAUAGAUUCACUGGUAGAACCAUACGAGUUUCGCUUCGGAAGUUCGCAUUGUGAUACAGGAACGCAUGGACGCAACUGGAGCUUAUUAGGCGGUUGCUGAGUUCGGCUGCAUGGCCGGCGGCCGACCUACCCGCCCGAUGGGCGGUCUCGGAACCUUUUUCUCCUAUAAGGUCUUUGUAUCCGCCGUAUUCACGCUCCUCUUCCUCGCCUCCCUCAGCGUCAUCCUUUCCUCCUCCUCAACUCCGGUUUCAUUGCCACCAGGUUCUGGCGAUGGAAGCGCUGUCUCAGGUCAGGCUGCUGCCGCCGGGAUCCGGCGAACUUUCCUGGCACUCAACUCCGAUCCCCUCCAAACCCGCCUCGACCUCAUAUACCGACAAGCAGUGGACCAUCUCGCGCUUGUCCAUGCUUACGCCGCUUACGCUCGCCGCCUGAAGCUUGAAAACUCCCGUCAAUUGCGCCUCUUCGAGGACAUGGCUACCGGCUUCUCCAAUCUUGCAUCUCGCCUUGAAUCCGAUAUCCUAGUAGACGAGGACAACAUUCGUCCUGUGGAAAAGGAGGCCAAAGACCGGAUCAAACUUGCUCGGCAGCUCAUCUCCGAGUACAAAGAACCCUUCGACACUCAACUGAAGAUACAGAAGCUCCGGGACACUAUUUUCGCCGUCAGGGAGCAGUUCCACCGCGCCAGGAAGCUCGGGGCACUUUCGAGCCACAUUGCUGCGGGAUCCACCCCAAAGAGCCUCCACUGCCUCGCAAUGCGCCUUAUGGAGGAGCGAAUCUCCCACCCUCAGGCUUAUCGCCGUCUAAACCCCCCAGAUAGAUCCGAUCCAGAUCUCUAUCACUACGCCAUCUUCUCCGACAACCUAAUCGCCGUCUCCGUCGUCGUUAAUUCGGUAGUCAAGAACGCGGUAGAGCCUCGCCGACACGUGUUCCAUGUUGUCACAGAUCCGAUGUACGCAGUAGCGAUGCAGGUGUGGUUUACUCGCCGGCCACCAGCAAAUGGCGCGACGGUUGAGGUUAGGUCGUCGUCGGUGUUUGGAUUUUUGAACGGUAGUUACUCGCCGGUGGUGCGGCAGAUCGAGGGCGGCCGACGCGAUUUGGUGCUUCUGGAUUAUUUGAGGUUCUAUUUGCCGGAGAUGUUUCCCAAGCUGAAGAGGUUAAUCUAUCUGGAAGACGAUGUGGUUGUGCAGAAGGAUCUGUCUGGGCUAUGGACGAUUGAUCUCGAUGGGAAGGUAAAUGGAGCAGUGGAGAUGUGUUUCGGUGGAUUCAGGAGAUAUUCGAGGUAUAUGAAUUUCUCAAAUCCAGUGGUGAGGGAGAAGUUCAGCCCGAGGGCGUGCGCGUGGAAUUUUGGCGUGAAUGUCUUCGAUCUGGAAGCCUGGAGGCGAGAAAGGUGCACCCAACAGUUCCAUCGUUACCAGAAUCUGAAUGAGGACGGAACAUUGUGGCGCACCGGAAAUGUCUUACCAGCUGGCUUGAUGACAUUCCACUCAACAACAAAACCAAUAGACAAAUCCUGGCACGUGAUGGGACUUGGGUACAAUCCUAGCGUGAGUCCGGAUGAGAUACGCAAUGCCGCCGUCAUUCAUUUUAAUGGAAACAUGAAGCCAUGGCUUGAUGUUGCCCUCAAUCAAUACAAACACCUAUGGACUAAGUAUGUUGAUACUGAGAUGGAGUUCUUGCCACUCUGCAACUUUGGCCUAUAAUACAAAAAAUGUUGAAAUCAACAUUAUUUAAACAGUACUCACUUCUCAAAGCUUAAUCCGGUUAGAUUUUUGUAUAAUUUUUUUUCUUUAUAUUUUGAUCUCAUCUUUGUAGUUUCCUGGAACAUAUGCCUGCCUCCAAUUGUAGGUAUUAAGAUUUUAUGGUCAUUUUGUCAUUAUAUUACGCUUGUCCUUUGUA